CCUAUUUUUUGGUGAAAAUGUUCUUCACAAAUGUACGAUUGUGUUGUGACCGCUCAACCUAAAUGUUGUGACCAUUUGUCGCGGUCCUCUGGAGACUUCGGCGCCUUAAAAAAAUGAGCUUUCUCGGGCCUGAUUGUUUAUUAUAGUAUCCUAAGGCAUUACAUCGUUUCAUCAUGUUUACAUAUAGUAUUAAAACAUUUGAAAUAUAAGUGAGAAACACGUGAGAAACAAGUGAGAAACAAAUAACGUCGCAGCAAUGUUAUGAUGGGGCGAAUGUACUCGGUCCACCUUUCCUUCUUACGUCAUGGUACGGUACCUAUGUGUACAGGACAUCCAAGAAUCCAAUGGAGCAAAGGCAACGGGACGCUGAACAGAAGACGCAAUCAGCUCGCAAUAGCACUUGACUGUCGCUGCUCUUACUUUGCUAAAGGACUUUUGUUUGGACGCCUAAUGACACGGAGGUCCUUGAGGAAAGACGUGAAGCUGGACCGCUUUUUUCGCUGUUCGACUAACUCUCGGACUUACCGGCUCAUCUUGAUCCACUGUAUUCAACACUAGAAUUACCGAGCCCUAAUCGCAACUAAUAUAUAUUUUCUCAUAACAAUGAGAAUGUUAACUUAAACUUUGCAAGAUUUCUAUUACAAUGUACGCAUGAAUGAAGAGAGAAGUUUAUUUAAAAAUUUCUCACGAAAACUUUUCUAUAAUAUCAGAAACUGUGAAAGAAAACAUCAGAGGCCAGUCAUUUUGACUGGUUUGGUAAAACGUCACCUAAUUAGUGAAUGUUCGGUGAUUCAAUUAAAUAAAUGGCUGUUACAGUGGGAACAACAGAAAGACUAAUAAGUCUAUGCGAGUUGUCAAUUGCACAAUUGUGGAACUGGUCUGUCAAUCCUGGUUCCAUUUGAAGUGUUUCUGCUCCUUUAUUGCUUGCAGCUAGCACUCCUUUCUAUUAUUUUCCCUACUCGAAUUGACCUUCCAAUUUAGUCGUGAUAAUCUACAGCUACAUCGUAAGAAAAUUACAAUCUUACGGGUUUCAAUUUCAUUGCGAAUUUAAAUGCGCGCGGUACCGCGGCUGUAGGAUGCCGUUUCACGCGCGAUGUCAGCCGCCAGUCUCGCGCGCCCGCCGCGCCAUGACGCAUAAUGCCAUGAUAUAUCAUGCAUAACGUUUUGGUACAAGCAACUUGCUUUACUUCGUGAGGAUUUUGAUUAUAAAUUAUUAGAAAUGGGGCGAACGUGCUGUGUCAAAAAUUGUAAGGAGAAGUACAGCAGUGCUACGAACGUAUCUUUUCAUCAACUGCCAACAAAUCCAGACUUGAGGAAGCAAUGGGUCCAAAAAAUAAAAGUAGAACCUUCAUCUUGCGCACGUGUCUGUUCAAAACACUUCACCGAUGAUUGCUUUAUCCAAUCUGCUUGGAGUUCACGGCGAGUACUGAAAAGUGAUGCUAUACCAAAUGUUGCGUCAAAUGCUGAAACAAAUUCUGAACAUAAUGCUGUACCAAAUGUUGUAUUCAAAACAGAGGACAUACAAGUAGUAGACAGUGUUUCAAUAAUUGUACCGAAAAAUGAAACUUUAAGCUUAGAAACUGAAAAUAUACUGUCGAAGACAUCGCCAAUAAGGAAGCGGAGGGCAUACGUGGGAGAUUUCCAAAAUUUUGAUAUAUCAAGUGAUAAAUAUAAAUAUACAGCCAUUGUUAACGCGACAAUUGCUAAGAAAAACAAAAGAAUAAAAAUUUUAAUGCAAAAAAAUAGAAGGCUUGAACGAAGAGUUAAAUCUUUGCAAGCAAUAGUGAAUAAAUUGAAAAAUAAUGAGAUGAUUACAGACGAUGGUACUUUUGAUGCCAGAUGUAGCGACGCGGACUGAAAUAUUAUGGUCAUGGACGACGACGAUCGCGAUCGCCAUCAUGAUCGCUAUGGUCGGAGAAACAAUUAACUUACGUUCAAAAGCCCCAGGAACUGAAACAGGAGCUGACGUUACAGAAGAACGGAAUGAGAGACGGGAAAGGAGUAACGACAGGUGGCUGAGGUGGAAGUUCGGAGAAAAGAAGGAGGAGGUGGAAGAAUAGAAAAAAUAUAAGACAAAUGUUAUUACAUUUAAUACAUUAUACAUUAUAAAACAAAAAGAAAUAAUAUAAAUAUACAGUUGGAAGUAUCCAAAACAUUGCAUUUGUUGAACGCACUUGCAAAAUAAGUAGUAACAAUUGUUGUCAAUUAAAAUUAUUUGUAUUAGAUA